AUGGAGGUUCCGCCUUUGCAUCCCAGACCUGCCAGGCUAGAGCUACUAUUGUUGAAGGGCGAUCAUAGGUCAUCCCACACAUGGGAGGGACAGUUACUGGCCCAGACGUUCCGCGCCAGGAGAGUAUACGAUAUGUGGGGCUUCCUCAGGGAACACCCUCUCUAUCCCCGUAUAGUCAGACGCCUCCAGGGUACGAGUUUUUAUAGGAUUGUGGAGAUCGGCCAAUUACAGCUGGAUUGGUCGUUGAUCACGACCCUGAUAGAGCGGUGGCGACCGGAGAAGCACACAUUCCAUUUGUCCAUUGGUGAGGUCACUAUCACGCUUCAGGACGUAGAGGUCCUGUAUGGGCUGCCCGUUGAUGGACACCCUGUUGCUUUGUCGAAUUCCAUCAGAGAGUAUACAGGUUUGCACUACAUGGAGAUGCUGCAGCGGCUCACUGGUUUCCAGCCACCGGAUGAGACUGCAUCGGUUGGGGCCAGUCGUUUGCAGUUGACGCCCGUUCGGCAGCAUUUUGAGGCAUUGCACGCUGACAUCACAAAUGAUACACCAGAGCUUCAUAUUUACUGGUACACGAGCUGGUGUGCUACUGUUCUCGGUUACUUGUACAUGCAGAUGUACUGGGCGAGCAUGGGCACCCAGCAUGACGUUGCCGGAUUUUUGCCGCUGCUGCAGUUGCAGCCACCUCUACCACCCUUAGCUCCGGGUGCACCACCUCCGUUUCUCCCUCUAGCUAGGAGGUGGAUUGAUAGGCGAGGAUAUGGACGAGAGUACCAUGCCGAUAAGAUAUUAGACAAAUACCUGAACGUUGUUUGA